GUACUGCUUUUCUUUGACGGCCCUUCACUCAGUGGCUUUCUUCUCCCUCCCAUUCGCAGACCAAUCCAGACUCCUUCCCCACCCAACCCCACCCGACCCUUCAACCCUCACUUAUGCCUGGCUCGUUUUCCUCGGAGAUCUAGGUCACCAGUCUCAUCAAUCAACAGUACCCGUGACAACGUAGAGCUUUAUCCCGUGCCAUAAUCGCUUUCGCCAUGGAGCCGCAGCGCGCUUUCACGUUCUUAAUAGCAUUCCUCUUACCGUGCCUCGUUGUCGCGACUGCCGUAGAUGUCUCUAAGAAGCUGUACGCCGGCCAGGAAGGUUCCGCCUUCGGCGCUUGCCCUAGUUUCGGCUGCAAGCCCGGAGCACACGUUAGCGGAAUGUUCACUGAUAGCGAUUCGGAGGAUAUCGAGUACAUGUUUAAAUACUCCAUGCCGUUUAUGUUCAACGACACGGAUUCCCCAGCGUGGGAUCCGCUAUUGACAGACCCGUUUUACGACUGCUGGAAGGUGUGCAGCGAUUACAACAAAGAGAACCCCAGCGACGCUGUGACGUACUGGCAGUACGAGGAGACGUGCGACAUAGGAGGUGUAUGCGCAUGCUUCGAUGAGGGCGUGUGUACACUAGAACACUUCAAUCCCGAUGGCACGAUUGACGUGUUCACUGAUUCCACGGGCGAUUACCACCCAGAGUCGCGAUUCUACGUCGGCAAGAUUUGCGACAGCAAUGUUACCGGCGACCCUCAUUUCGUCGGCGCGGACAAGUCUCGCUUCGACUUCAGCGGCAUCCCCAACGAAAACUUCGCGCUGAUUACGGAUUCGCACGUUCAAGUGAACGCGUUUUUUGGUGGUCGCUGGGCUCGCUGGAUGGACAGCGAGCGAAAGGCGCUGACGUGGAUGCGAAAGAUUGCGAUCCUUUGGGGCCACCACUCGAUUAUUUUCGAGGCUCGCGAAGGCCCAGACCCCAAAUAUCGCAAGGGUUACCUCUCUUCGCUAAUCGUCGACGGUGUGGUGAAGAAGCUGCGAUUCCCAGGCGAAAAGCUGCACCUGUUUGACGGGCAAGGCGAAGUGAAGUGGCUUGCCGGUGCGAAACCCUCGGGUGGUGAUCUGGUUGACGAAUACGAAGUUACUGUCGCAGAUGUCCUUUCGUUACGGCUGACCCUUCGUCCAGAAAUCGAGAUGAUGCGAACGAUUGAAGACGGGCUGGUACACUUCACGGUGGAAGUCCUGAGCGCCAGGCUGUCGGCUAACGUCCACGGCGUGCUUGGCCAAACUUACCGGCCAGACUUCGCCGGCCGACUGGAGAAGCAGACCAUGGUGUACAGCAAGCUCUUUAACGCGUACGUCGUCCCUGGCGACAACGCUGAGGGUUUCAUCGACGGCACUGUAGAGGACUACCAAGUCUCGUCAUUGCUCCACACGGAUUGCGACCUAUGCCGAUUCAUCCGCGCUCGCUCAUUGGACGACGAAACAGCACGGGCAGUCGAACUCAGUACGACUGUAGCCUCUUCAUUCACGGCUCUUGGUAGAAGAGCUGCAAAUUAGGCAAGUGGUGCCUAAGUUCAGCUGAUCGUAUUUUUUAGAGCUAUGAAUACGCCAUGAGAACAUUUACAUUAAUACAUGUAAACGAUCAUAACGUUCGUUGUUUUAACCUGUUGUACCAGAAAGUGUAUU